GAAGCCUUGUUUUAUGAGCAUUGGUUGUGAGUGAAGAAGCAAUGGAAGUAGCUGGUAAAUCCCUAUUCAAGGGUUUCAGUCCUGAGAUCAUAGGCCAAAAGCCCAGACCACCUUGGGAUACUAGAAUUUGGUUCAAAAUGAAGUUCCAUCUCUGUGUGACAAAAAAUGGUGCAGAAGGUGACGACAGAAGAUUUGGUUCAGUAAGUAAUCGACCUUCACUUUUGGUAUUAAAGAACUGCGACAGGAGUCACAAAUAUUUCAAUGCUAUCCAGGCAAUAUCGCAAGAAAAUGCUGAUGUUUCUACUUCCUCUUUUGAAGACUUUGUGGUUUCUUCAAAUACCUAUCAGGAUGGGCAUGUAAAGGUCAGAAUUAUGGUAGAUGGUACAAAGACCCAAGCUAUUUUUGACACUGUUUUCGCCAAGCUCGUUGAUGCUGCACAACCAAUUCCAGGAUUUAGAAGAGUGAAAGGAGGCAAAACUCCAGAUAUCCCGAAGGACAUUCUCCUGCAAAUCCUAGGACCUUCCAAAGUCAACUUUCAGUCUAUCAAAAAAAUCAUCAACUCCACUGUCGCUGAAUUUGUGGAAAAGGAAGAUCUCAAGGUUACCAAAAGUCUCAGAGUUGAACAAAGUUUCGAAGAGCUUGAAGCAAUAUUCAUACCGGGGAAAGAGUUUGGCUUCGAUGCGGUAAUUCAGCUACAAGAAACCCGCCCAACGAAAUCUUGAUUUAAUAUUUUGUAAGAUAAACCAAACAUCUGUUUUUCUCAAAAAUCUUUUUCUUCCAUUUAGUUUUAUAACUUCCAUUCUAUUUUUA